CAUCGCGCGACGCUCUGGGGCGCCAGUUAAAGCGUAGCGGGCGAGGACGGGCGGCCAUCGCCUUCUCUGUGUGCCCGGUUCGUGCCCUUUGGCGGCCUACCAUCCUAGCCCAGGUACGGAGCUGCCCCCAGGAAGAGGGCAUCGUCUUCCCACUCCUGCCCGUGGACACGAAGGACUGAGCGGGAAUCAUGUGGCCGGCCCUUAGAGGCUGGGGGAGAGCAUGCAUGGGUCCGCGUGGAGCCCUGGCCUGGGCUGUGCUAGGCCAGCCAUGGCCCCGCUGUUGCCACGCUGUGACCAGGGCCACCUCCGUGAGCCAGGACGAGUACAGCUUUGUAGUGGUGGGUGCGGGCUCUGCUGGCUGUGUGCUCGCCAGCCGGCUCACCGAGGACCCGAAUUACCGGGUGCUGCUGCUGGAGGCAGGGCCCAAGGACUUGUUGAUGGGGAGCAAGAGGCUCCAGUGGAAGAUCCACAUGCCCGCCGCCCUAGUGGCCAACCUGUGUGACGACAAGUACAACUGGUGCUACUACACGGAGCCGCAGCACGGCCUGGAUGGCCGUGCGUUGUAUUGGCCACGAGGCCGGGUCUGGGGCGGCUCCUCGUCCCUCAACGCCAUGGUCUACAUCCGUGGGCACGCCGAGGACUAUAACCGUUGGCACCGCGAAGGUGCUGAGGGUUGGGACUAUGCACACUGCCUGCCCUACUUCCGCAAGGCACAGAAGCAUGAGCUGGGAGCCAACAGGUACCGCGGCGGUGAGGGCCCGCUGCAUGUGUCUCGGGGCAAAACCAACCACCCCCUCCACAAGGCCUUCCUGCAGGCAGCACAUCAGGCGGGCUACCCCUUUACCGAAGACAUGAAUGGUUUCCAACAGGAGGGUUUCGGCUGGAUGGACAUGACUAUCCACCAAGGGAAGCGCUGGAGCACCGCCUGUGCCUACCUGCACCCGGCACUGAGCCGCCCCAACCUCAGGGCUGAGGUCCAGACCCUCGUGAGCCGAGUGCUGUUUGACGGCACGCGUGCGGUGGGUGUGGAGUACGUCAAGAAUGGUCAGAGCCACAAGGUCUAUGCCAGCAAGGAGGUGAUCCUGAGCGGCGGAGCCAUCAAUUCUCCACAGCUGCUCAUGCUCUCCGGGGUUGGGAAUGCAGACGACCUCAAGGAGCUGGGCAUCCCCGUGGUGUGCCACCUGCCUGGAGUUGGGCAGAACCUGCAAGACCACUUGGAGAUCUACAUUCAGCAGGCCUGCACGCGUCCCAUCACCCUCCACUCAGCCCAGUGGCCUCUGCGGAAGUUCUGCAUCGGUCUGGAGUGGCUCUGGAGGUUCACAGGGGACGGAGCCACGGCCCACCUUGAAACGGGUGGGUUCAUCCGCAGCCGGCCUGGGGUCCCCCACCCGGACAUCCAGUUCCACUUCCUGCCAUCCCAAGUGCUUGACCAUGGGCGGAAACCCACCCAGCAGGAUGCUUACCAGGUACACGUGGGAACCAUGAGGGGCACAAGUGUGGGUUGGCUCAAACUGAGAAGUGCCAACCCGAAGGACCACCCUGUGAUUCAGCCCAACUACUUGUCAACAGAAACUGAUGUCCAGGAUUUCCGUCAGUGUGUCAGGCUGACGAGAGAAAUUUUUGCACAAGAAGCCUUGGCUCCUUUCCGGGGCGAAGAGCUGCAGCCUGGAAGCCAUGUCCAGUCAGAUGAAGAGAUAGAUGCCUUUGUACGGGCGAAAGCAGAGAGUGCUUACCACCCCUCCUGCACCUGUAAGAUGGGCCAGCCCUCUGACCCCACUGCCGUGGUGGACCUGCAAACCAGGGUCCUUGGGGUAGAAAACCUCAGAGUCGUUGACGCCUCUAUCAUGCCCAGUGUGGUCAGUGGCAACCUGAACGCUCCCACAAUAAUGAUUGCAGAGAAAGCAGCUGACAUUAUUAAGGGGUACCCUGCACUCUGGGACAAGGAUGUUCCCAUCUACAAGCCACAGACUCUGGCCACUCAGCGUUGAGACAGCCACCGCCUGAGGACGACAGAGGAACACAACAGACCCAACGCGUACAGCCCUGCCCCGGAUAGUUCCUCAAACUGUGUAGACUCUUGGGACCCAGGAAUCCCGAUUCGUGGCUAAGACCUCCAUGGCAGUGAGUGAGGCAGGCCCCCUUUUCCCCAGUGUCUCAGAGGACCCUUGGAGACACGAGCAUCCAAGCUGGGGCCCUGCUCCUGACCUCCUGGGAUUAAAGGUCAGGGAGGUCAGCUCUUGCGUGAUUUUCUGGCAAGCCCUCCAGUCACCUCCAGCCCACUGUUCUGUUGCCAGGAGCAGAAUGAUGCUUUCUCCGGCUUCCCACCUAAGGCCACUCCUGCAGAGGCAGGGCACUUAGCUGGACUGGGCUCUCCAAAGAAGCUUCAGCCGAGGCCAAGAGCCAGGAAGACGCUCAGCUGGUACCUGAGCUCAUGCCCGCGGUUAGGGGGAAGGCAGCCAGCUGGGGGACUCCUGCCUUGAUCCAGAUCUGAAGAGUGACGUGCAGGGUUGAGGGCUCAGGUGACCACCCAACCCACCUGCCUCGUCCUGAGCGCUCACACAGGAAAGUGAAGACCAAAAGCAUUUGGGGUUAGUUUUUCUAAGAUGUCCAAAGCCACCACCCAUAGUGGGGAAGAAAAGGGGGAUCACCAUACGGAAACUGCAUUGGGAGGCCAAGAAUAGAGGGGCACGAUCAGAAUCCCAGGCUCCACUAGGAUUGACUGGGAGUGGCCGGAGCUGCCAUCUGGACUGUUUUUUGUUUUAAUUCCAGAUAGCUGCAUCUGAGAAAGGCCUUUCAGAAGGGUUAAAGUAAACCAUUGCAUUUCUUUCUAAAA